UCUCUCUCAGAUUUUCACUACACUCUCACUCUCUCUUUCUCUUUCUCUCACCUCUCUCGAACCCGUUGUUAGGGUUUCGCUCCGUCAUUUCCAUCUCUCGUUCGUGAUGGCGCUGAAUGAGAAUCGUACUGCGAGAUCAAGCUCCGCCGAGGCGGUUCAAAGAGAUGUAGAUGCAAGAGACACUCUUGUUGCCGAUGAUGAGGAGAUGAUCGAUGAUAGUAACGAUGACUCUGAAGAAGACACUGGAUUAUUUAGUCCAAUUUGUUCGUUCUGUGACAAUGGUGGUGAAAUUUUGCCUUGUGAAGGGUUAUGCUUAAGGUCCUUCCAUGCGACAAUAGAUGCCAGUGUGGAUUGUGUCUCUCUCGGCUAUACUAGGGCUCAAGUUGAGGAGAUCCCAAACUUUUUAUGCAAGAAUUGCAAGUACAGAAAACAUCAGUGCUUUGCUUGUGGAAAGUUGGGAUCAUCUGAUGUGGAAGCUGGUGCUGAGGUGUUUCGUUGCUUUAAUGCAACAUGUGGUCAAUUCUAUCAUGCAAAGUGUGUUGCACAGCUACUUUUCCGGCAAAAUGAAGCAAAAGCAAUGGGAUUUGCAGAAAAGAUUAUUAAUGGGGAGCGAUUCACAUGCCCAAUCCAUAGGUGCAGCGUCUGUGAUGGCAUUGAAGACAGAAAAGUUAGGGCGUUGCAGUUUGCAGUUUGCAGACGAUGCCCAAAGUCAUACCACAGAAAAUGCUUGCCAAGGAAAAUUUCUUUCAAAGCUUCAAUAGAGACAGGUAUAAUCAAGAGGGCAUGGGACGGUCUUCUUCCUAAACGCGUUUUGAUUUACUGCCUGUAUGUCCCCAUUUUGAAGCAUCAAAUUGACGAGAAUCUUAGAACACCUAGAAGAGACCAUAUCGUAUUUCCUACUCUAAAGGUAAAAAUCAAAGAAAGCAAAACCGCUGUUGUCACAAAAGUGGUGAAUACCCGGCUGGUGCCUAACUUGAUCAUGGAAAAUGCUUCUGUAAAAGUAACUAACCAGACUGGAAAGCUUUCUGCUGUAGAAAAGACAUAUUCUACCGGAAACAAUGAGAAAGCAGAUACCAAACAAGUGCUUGACAAAAAAAGGAAAGUAAAAAUCUUGAAGGAGACCGUGCAAACCGGCACUAGCAAGCUGCUGUUAGCAGAGAAUUCUAAAGUUUCCAUUAGUGGUGUUUCUCCAGCCUCAACUUCAACCUCAAAGAAAUACGUUACUUCGUUGCCUGUGAUUGAUGAUGCAACUGAAAGGAAAAUUCAGGUCUUAUUCGAGGAAAUUUCUUCCUCCAUUACACUUGAAGAUAUUAAGAAAAAGCUCACUAGGCCAUCAACUUAUUCUUCAUCUCUUAGGUUUACUGGUAAGGGUAUUACAACAGGAAAGGUAGAAGGAGCUGUUGAGGCGGUAAAAGCUGCUUUGCAGAAAUUAGAAAAUGGCACGAGUGUUGAGGAUGCCAAAGCUGUUUGUGAACCUAAUGUUCUUGGGCAGAUUGUUAAGUGGAAGAACAAACUUCAUGUUUAUCUUGCUCCUUUUAUGCAUGGCAUGCGCUACACUUCUUUUGGACGGCAUUUCACGAAAGUGGAGAUGCUUAAUGAGAUUGCUGAUAAGCUUCAGUGCUACGUGCAAAACAGUGACAUGGUGGUUGACUUCUGCUGUGGCGCGAAUGAUUUUAGUAUGCUGAUGAAAGAAAAACUUGAGGCUGCUGGGAAGGAAUGCUUCUUCAAAAAUUAUGAUAUCAUGCCAUCAAAGAACCACUUUAACUUUGAAAGAAGAGAUUGGAUGACAGUGCAGCCAGAUGAAUUACCUACUGGAUCCCAAUUGAUAAUGGGGCUAAAUCCUCCUUUUGGUCUCAAAGGUUGUCUUGCCAAUGAGUUCAUUAACAAAGCUCUUACAUUUAAGCCAAAGCUCCUCAUUCUUAUUGUUCCCAAAGAGACUCAGAGAUUAGACGAGAAAGAUCAACCAUACGAUCUAAUCUGGCAGGACACAGAAAUGCUUUCUGGGAAGGCUUUUUACUUGCCCGGGUCAGUGGACAACAAUCAAAAGCAAAUGGAACAGUGGAAUUUGAAGACUCCCCCGCUUUCUCUAUGGAGCCGUCCUGACUGGACCUUGAGGCAUGUGGAGAUUGCUUCGAGGCAUGGCCACCUCUCUGACAAGCCCAACUUCUCUAAAUAUUGGAUUAUGCAAAGAGAGGAACAACUUAACGAAGAAGAAUACAACGAUACACAUGCUCUUCGUGAAGAAAAUGAAAUUAGGGCCGAAAUUCCCUGUAAAUCCGCUGAAAAGAAUGAAACAAUAUCUGAUGAGAUGAUGAUCCCUGUGUGCGGGGAGUUUGAUGAGCUCUCUGAUAUGAGCAUUUCGUCUCCAGCGAGAAGCGACAACGGGGACCAAUUCGGCGGCCAUCUGGGCUCGGAUCAGCUGCUGAAUUUCGAAACUUUUGGCUCCGCGGGCUUUGCGCCAGGCCCGUGGCAGCAUCAGCAGGGCACAUCUGGUUGGCUUGAUGAAUGAUGAACUGAGUAGUUCUGUGGUCAGUUUUUCGACACGGCUAUUUGUUAAAUAUUGUGUAUGUGUUUGUUAUGCUGUUCUUGAAUGGUAACAUCAGAGCGGGAAGGCGAUUAUUUGUAAUAGUAAGUUGGACAAAACCUACUUGAUACCUGCUAGCUUAUGAAGUAAUUAAAUACCCUUACUGGCUUUUGGCAACUUACUAAACUCAUUAUGAUUUCCUUUUGAUUAAAUACAUCAA